AUGUUCUCCCGAAACCACCGGAGCCGAGUCACCGUGGCUCGCGGCUCCGCCCUGGAGAUGGAGUUCAAACGCGGCCGCUUCCGACUCAGCCUCUUCAGCGACCCGCCCGAGGACACGGAGUUGCAGAGGAAGUUGGACCAUGAGAUCCGGAUGCGGGAAGGGGCCUGCAAGCUGCUGGCGGCCUGCUCCCAGCGUGAGCAGGCCCUGGAGGCCACCAAGAGCCUGCUGGUGUGUAACAGUCGCAUCCUUAACUACAUGGGCGAACUCCAGCGGCGGAAGGAGGCCCAGGUGCUGGGGAAGGCAGGCCGCAGGCCUUCCGACAGCGGGCCCCCAGCUGACCGCUCGCCCUGCCGCGGCCGGGUCUGCAUCUCUGACCUCCGGAUCCCGCUCAUGUGGAAGGACACGGAGUAUUUCAAGAACAAAGGUGACCUGCAUCGCUGGGCAGUGUUCCUGCUGCUGCAGCUGGGGGAGCACAUCGAGGACACCGAGAUGAUGCUGGUGGACAGGACCCUCACGGACAUCUCCUUCCAGAGCAGCGUGCUCUUCACUGAAGUGGGACCGGACUUCGAGCUGCGUCUGGAGCUGUACGGGGCCUGCGUGGAAGAAGAAGGGGCGCUGACGGGUGCCCCCAAGAGGCUUGCUACGAAGCUCAGCAGCUCGCUGGGCCGCUCGUCGGGGAGGCGUGUCCGGGCAUCGCUGGACAGCGCAGGGGCCAGUGCUGGGGGCUCAGGGAGCAGCCCCAUCCUGCUCCCCACCCUGGCUGUGGGUGGUCCCCGCUACCACCUCCUGGCCCAUACCACGCUCACCCUGGCAGCAGUGCAGGAUGGCUUCCGCACGCAUGACCUCACCCUGACCAGUCAUGAGGAGAACCCUGCCUGGCUCCCCCUUUACGGGAGCGUCUGCUGCCGCCUGGCCGCACAGCCUCUCUGCAUGACUCAGCCUUCAGCCAGUGGGGCCCUCAGGGUGCAGCACACCGGGGAGCCGCGGAGCUGGGCCAGCGUCCACGGGGUCCUGCGGGGCACCCAGCUCGUCUGUUACCGGCGCCCAGAGGACGCAGACUCAGGGGAGGAGCCCCUGCUGACGAUUGUCAUCAACAAGGACACCCGGGUUCGGGCCGGGGAGCUGGACCAGGCCCCAGGACCAGGGCGGCCCUUCACCCUGACCAUCAGUAACCGGUAUGGGGGUGAUGAGGUGAUGCACACGCUGCAGAUGGAGAGCCGCGGGGCCCUGCAGAGCUGGAUGGAGGCACUGUGGCAGCUCUUCUUUGACAUGAGCCAGUGGAAGCAGUGCUGUGAUGAGGUCAUGAGGAUCGAGACCCCUGCUCCUCGGAAGCCACCCCAAGCGCUGGCCAAGCAGGGGUCCUUGUAUCAUGAGAUGGCUAUCGAACCACUGGACGACAUCGCGGCAGUGACAGACAUCCUGGCCCAACGGGAGGGCCGGAGCCUGGAGACGCCCCCACCCUGGCUAGCCAUGUUUACAGACCAGCCCGCCCUGCCUGGCCCUGGCUCAUCUGCCUCCGCCCAGCCCCGGCCCUGGGGUCGGCCCAGAACCUUCUCCCUGGACGCUGUGCCCCCGGACCACCCGCUUGGGACUUCCUGCGUGGCCCCUCUCCCCGCACAGCAGUCUCCACGGUCCAGAGGCCUGUGCGGCAAAGGCCCAGCCCGCACCUGGCUGCAGUCACCGGUGUGA